CCCCGGUACAUCAAACGGCAGCAGGGUUGGACCUUCGUACUCUCCUCGAACGCCAUGGCGAUCGCCGCCGCCGCCGCUAUCCCUCGAUCUCUCCUCUCCCUUUCCUCUUCCUCCCACUGGCGAUUUCUCUUCUCCGCCAGUUCCAGUCUCCUGCGCCUCCGCCGCUCCAAAUUCACCUCUGCCUUCUUCGUUCCCUCUUUAGCCGGCCGCUGCUGUGAGACUGCGCUCCCCGUUGUCUCAGUCUUCCUCCCCUCGCCGAGGCUUCCUUCAGUUUCCACCGACGCUCGUUGUUUUUGCUCUUCCUCCCGCUCCAGCAACACCAAUUCCACCGCUUCCUUCGGCUGGUCCGACGAUGAGGACGAGAACAAGGCGAGCACGAAGAUAAAGGAGGUCGACAAGAGCAAGCUUCCCCCUCCCUACGACCCCUUUAGCAAGAAGCCAGCGGUGGAGGAGCCCCGGGACCCCUCCGACCUGCAGGAGAUCUUCCACAAGAUGCGCACCGAGGGCCUCACCAACUACGCCAUCAAGAUGUUCGACGGUUUGUCCAAGGACGGCCUCGCCCACGAGGCCCUGCAGCUGUUCGCCAUCAUCAAGGACAAGGGAACCAUGCCUGACGUCGUCGCACACACCGCCGUCCUCGAGGCCUACGCCAACGCCGGCGGCCACUCCAAGGAAGCCAUCCGCACAUACGAUCGCAUGCUCGCGUCCGGCGUGUGCCCCAACGCCUACACGUUCGCCGUCCUCGUCAAGGGCCUCGCGAAGGACGGGCGAUUGCCGGAGGCGCGCAAGUACUUGCUGGAGAUGAUGGGGAAGGGCAUGCGCCCCAACGCCGGCACCUACCUCGAGCUGUUUGAGGCCUACCUGCGGGAGCAGAAGGGCGACGAGGCCAGGGCUCUAGUGGAAGAGAUGAGAGGCAAGGGAUUCGUGCCCGAGGAGAAGGCAGUGAGGGAGACGAUCGGGAAGCGCAGUCAGGUCUACAGAGCCGUCAUGGAUCUUUUCUUUGGCAAGUGAACUGAACUGAAUCGACCACAGUUUGUUCAUCAAAAAUUGCUGCUUUGGCUACGAGCUGCACUGCAGACUGAACCUGGUAACUAAUUCAAAAUCAAUGGCUUUCUGCUGUUUCUUCGGCGUAUCAAACAUUUGUAUUGUGCUUGUUUCUUGCUUAAAUCAGUGAGAAUUAGGAACAAAAUCAUCUUGCUCUGUACACUGCUUCUAUUUUCUCAAUCAACUGAGUCUAUGAUUUCGAUCU